GAGAGGUGAGGGGCGUUUCCGGCCUCAUUCCGGUCCGCUUCGUGAACCACAACAAACACGGAGGAUUUACAGCGGAUGGUUCAGAUAAGACGCAUUUAAGCAGCAGCCAUGGGCAAGGCCCAGUCACACUUGGCCAAAAACAAAGACGAGAGUCAAGACGCGCUGACGGCUGCUGGCGAGUUCAGAGACGGUCAAACGCAGGACGAUGAGAAGCAUGGAGACGUGUCUCAGUUCCCGUACGUGGAGUUCACUGGCCGGGACAGUGUCACGUGCCCGACAUGCCAGGGUACUGGCAGAAUCCCACGAGGUCAGGAGAAUCAACUUGUGGCUCUGAUUCCAUACAGUGAUCAAAGGCUGCGGCCAAGCAGGACGAAGCUUUAUGUCACCAUAUCUGUGGCUCUCUGCCUCCUGCUGUCCUGCCUCGCGGUUUUCUUCCUCUUCCCGCGGUCCAUCGACGUCACGUACGUUGGAGUCAAGUCUGCCUAUGUUUCCUAUAAUCAGGAGCAGCGAAUUGUCUAUCUCACCAUUACAAACACUCUGAACAUCACUAAUAACAACUACUACGCCAUAUCUGUGACCAACAUAACGGCACAGGUGCAGUUCUCCAAGACGGUGAUUGGGAAAACCAAAAUCAACAACACGACGGUGAUUAUGCCUCUGGAUGAGCAGCAGCUUGACUACACUGUUCCCACAACCAUCGCUGAUGAGAUGAGCUACAUGUUUGAUUACUGCACCUUACCAACUAUAAAAGUCCACAACAUAGUGGUCAUGAUGCAGGUCACGGUAACGACGUCGUACUUCGGUCACGCGGAGCAGGUCUCUCAGGAAAUGUACCAGUACGUGGACUGUGGCGGGAACACGACCUCCAUGCACGGCCAUGUUCAGGUCUACCAGUAGGAAGGAAAAAGUGUAAACUCCUUUCUUAGUGAAGAUAGUUUCUCCUAAAAUACUCAUCGGGCCCAAAACGCCGGCCUCCUUCACUGUAUUUUGUGCUUUGAAAUUUGACGUUUUCCCUUUUCAGACUGCAGAGUUCCUCACUGCAAAAACACAAAACAUUACCAAGUUUUGCUGCUCUGGUUUCCAGUUCAAAUAUCUUGGUAGACAAAAUUAGCUUACAAGCAACUUUUCAGAAAGACAUAGGAGCUUUUUUUAUUUUAAAGUCAAUAAUUCCUUCUUACUGUGCCGUUACCUAGCAACCCGAGCCUUGCUGAGCCCGUUGCCUAGCAACCCGAGCCUUGGUGAGCCCGUUGCCUAGCAACCCAGCAUUAGUUCCACUGGCAGGUUGUUUCACUUUAAAGUAAAAUAAUCUAGCACUUUUUCCAUCAAUAUUAAGGACUAAUUUACUUAAAAUAAACUCCCAUAUCUUCCUAAAAAGUUACGUGUAAGUGAGUUUUGUCUUAUUUUGAGUGAGCUAAGAUAUUUGCACUAGAAUUUAGACCAAAAAUCACGGGGUAAUAUUUAGUUUUUGCAGUGUUCCUCCACAUUAAACCUGUUGGAAUGCAAUAGAUUCGAUGCACUUUAGAGCGUUUUAGUGGAAGCUGGAUUGUUACAAACCUCUUUCCUCCGUCAGUAAACUGAGACAGAAAACCACUGGACUACAUUUCCACCCAUACAUAACCUUUUUUUAUUAUUUUAUUUCCGUUAUGGUCCUUUGAUGUAAAUUAGUGCAAUAUUAACAACGGCUAUCUCGUGUCACUUUUUCUUUUCUUUCUAUUAUCAUCAACUACAAAUGUGAAAAGUUUUAAAGGAAACUAAUUUUAUCUAGUGAUUUAAAAAAAAAGUGUGUAAAAGGGAAAAUGUUGUUUUGGUCCAAAUAAAUAAAGGCUAAAAAUACAGGAAUGUGCAAAUGUACUCUCUGUCUGGGUUGUUUUAAUAAAAAUGUAACUUAAAUCAACUUUAUUCCAACGUAACGGGAGCUUUGUACAGUUUGCUUUUCUUUUUUUAUCCACUCUGCACUGUGCAACUUUAAUACUCAAUCAUGAGUUCAUCUCCUGUUUGUUGUUCCCCUUUUUACUUUAAUCCAUUUAAUGUGUUCUGAAACUAUUAGUUUUUCCAACCCAACUAAGUUUUUCAGUCUAACUUUAUUAAUAAUCAUCCAGGUUGAUUAUUGUUGAAACCUUAAUGUGACUUUUCCUACCAUUUUUACACUAAGCGCCGUCGUUAUUAUCGUAACAGUAUAGAUGUGCAUAGUUUUUAACAUCAGCAGUUUGUUUUUUGUGGCUUUUGAUGCAUGAAGUGGAAAAUAAAAUUAUAAGUCGA